AUGCUGAGUGCCAUAGAGCACACCCUCAUUUUUAUUACAGUUUGUGAAUCAGUUUUGGGGGUUUUAGGGAACGGAUUUAUUGGAGUUGUAAACUGCAUUGACUGUGUCAAGAAUAAGAAGUUCUCUACAAUUGGCAUCAUUCUCACUGGCUUGGCUAUUUCCAGAAUUUGUCUGAUAUGGAUAAUAGUAACAGAUGGAUUUUUAAAGAUGUAUUCUCCAGAUAUGAAUGUCUCCAGUGACCUAAUUAACUACAUUAGUUACUUAUGGGUAAUUAUUGGUCAAGCAAGUAUCUGGUUUGCCACCAGCCUCAGCAUCUUUUAUUUUCUGAAGAUAGCAAAUUUUUCCCACCGCAUUUUUCUCUGGCUAAAGGGUAGACUUAAUAGGGUUCUUCCCCUUUUUGUGGGAUUCUUGCUGGUUUCAUGGUUACUUACUUUUCCACAAACAGUUAAAAUUGUUAAUGAUUAUAGAUUCUUGAAAAGAAACAGAACAUGGCAGCUCAACAUGAGUAAAAGUGAAUUCUUUAUGAACCAGGUUUUCCUCAACCUGGGAAACAUUUUCUUCUUCACUCUAUCCUUGAUUACAUGUUUCUUGUUAAUCUGUUCACUUUGGAGACACAACAGGAGGAUGCAAAUGAAUGUCACAGGAUCCAGAGAUUCCAGCACAGAAGCUCAUAUUAGAACAAUGAAAAUUUUGCUGUCUUUUAUCAUCCUCUUUAUCUUGCAUUUUAUAGGCAUUGCCAUAGAAAUUUCAUAUCUUACUGUGCCAGAGAAUAAACUGCUGUUUAUAUCUGGCAUGACAGCAACAAUCAUCUAUCCCUGGGGUCACUCAUUUAUCCUAAUUCUAGGAAACAACAAGCUAAAGCAGGCCUCUUUGAGGGGACUGCAGCAAUUAAAGGGCUAUUGUCUCCAGUUUUUCACUGUUACGAAUAAAUCUAAUUUGAGUACUGUGGAUAUUAAUGCUAUUUGUUGA